AUGGAGAACUCCAGCCUGCUGGAUGGCAGCGCGCGAAAUGCUGCCCUGGUGGACUUUCUUUUGUCGGACACUUUAAUGCAAGUUGUGAACUCUCCGGAGGUCGGUGUCUUGGAUGGAUUAGGAGUCGCCAGUGGUGCCAUGUUUCUUGACGCAUCCAGGACUGCCGCCGGAGCUGAGUUCAUGGCCGCUGUCCCGACGGAAUCCCCUCACCUGAUGCCUGCCUUUUGGGAUUCCCCGCUGAGCCAUGGAAUCAAUGUAUUUGUGGGACUGGUCCUGUGCUUCACUAUGUUGGGGCUGGGCUGCACGGUGGAGGUGAGCCAGCUCGGAGAACACAUCCGCAGACCCAUCGGGGUGCUGCUGGCUCUGGUGUGUCAGUUUGUUAUCAUGCCCUUGGUGGCCUUUCUUUUGGCUUUAGCCUUCUCUCUGGAUGAUGUGGCGGCGAUGGCCGUUCUCCUCUGUGGCUGCUGUCCUGGAGGGAACUUAUCAAACAUCAUGUCUCUGCUGGUGCACGGAGAGAUGAAUCUAAGCAUCAUCAUGACCAUAUCUUCCACUCUGCUGGCGCUUGUUUUGAUGCCGCUCUGUCUGUGGAUCUACAGCCGAGCCUGGAUCAACACACCUGUGGUCAACCUCAUGCCCUUCGGGGCCAUCAUCCUGACCCUGUGCAGCACUCUCAUCCCCAUUGGUUUAGGAGUUCUGCUUCGGUACCGUUAUACGCGUGUGGCCGACAUUGUUUUAAAGGCCUCUCUGUGGUCUCUGCUGGUCACCCUUGUGAUGCUGUUCAUCCUGACCGGAGCGAUGCUGGGGCCAGACUUGCUCUCCACCAUCCCGCCUUCUGUCUACGUGGUGGCCAUCCUGAUGCCUCUGUGCGGCUACGCUGCAGGUUACGGCCUGGCCACGCUCUUUGACCUGCCUCCCAACAGUCGCAGGGCCGUCUCCUUGGAGACCGGGUGCCAGAAUGUGCAGCUGUGCACCGCUAUCCUCAAGCUGGCCUUCCCUCCUCAGCUGAUGGGGAGCAUGUACAUGUUUCCCCUGCUGUACGCCCUGUUCCAAGCAGCCGAGGCCGGCAUUUUCAUCCUUGUUUACAGGGUGUACAGGAAGAAGGUCCUACACAAGCCAGAUCCCAUGAUGGACGGUGAGGACACGGACAUAACAUAUCAGAGGUUUCAAGAUGAGGACUUUGACUCAUCUUAUGGUGCGGUGACUGUGAGCGACCCAAACUCCAUCAUGUUGGACCCCUGUCCCCCUGAUCCAACUCCUGUUUAAUGUGCAAAUGUAAAAAAGCAAUCCCUGCUCUUGAUGUAGGGGCGCAAAUUAAGAGCUGCAGGUGGAUUUAUCAUUUUGAUUGCUGUCAUUCAUUAAAGAAAAAAAAGCAAACAUGGAAAAUAAUGAGACUAUGGGACAAUAUGCAGGGAAAUCCAGAGUGUUUAUCAUUAACAUGACUGCUUGAAAAAAAAAAAAAAAAAAAGGUGCUACAUGUCAUAAGCUUAAUUCAUUCAACUCAAACAUUCCUGUCUAUUGUAGAGAUGAAAACCACCAACAUGUUAAAAAACAUAUACAGUCAAAUCACCAUCAAAACAAGACAGCAUUUAGUUUCAGUGCUUUAAGUGUGUGUGUGUGUGUGUGUGUGCGUGUGUGAGACUAAAAGCCAUGUGACAAACAUAUCAGCAUUGCUCAUGUGCAGAUUUCCAAACAAGCCUGUGCCAAACCAGUAUCUGUGCUCCACAGUCUGAACAAACUGUACCAUAUGUGUAUAUUAUAAACAGCUGUAUCAAGAGAAAUUAAAGAAACUAAACUGAACUUGUACACCUUG